GUUUUAUCGUUUACUCUCUUGUUAAGUUGGCUGCGAUUUGACCGACUUCCUUUUCCGUGUUAGCUGUGAAAGAAAAAACAUGCCGCUAGCAAAAGAUUUACUGCACCCUCUGCCCGCUGAGGAGAAACGCAAGCACAAGCUAAAGCGCUUGGUUCAGCACCCCAAUUCCUACUUCAUGGAUGUCAAGUGCCCCGGAUGCUACAGGAUCACAACUGUGUUCAGUCACGCCCAGGGCGUCGUUGUAUGCGCUGGAUGCGCUACCAUCCUCUGCCAGCCAACUGGAGGACGCGCCAAGCUGACAGAAGGCUGCUCGUUCCGUAGGAAGCCACAGUAAAAUGGGAGAUGCUUCUUGAUGAACCACAAAUUAUUAAUUUUUUAAUAAACAAUCUAUAAAAACGUAAAGAAACUAAAAAUCCUUGUUGCCGUUUUCAUUCAACGACAUCUGCUAAAACUUGUGAAUAUUGUAGACAUCGACGUCGGACUUUUGGCCAAUACCAACAAUUUUGAAUAUCAGUUAAGCGGCAAGAUGGAUCUGGCGGCUUCGCGGAAUUAAACACAAAUUGUUGGCACUAGCAUAGAAUGAACGCAUUUUAUACAUAUUGCAAAUAAUAAUUUUUAAUUUCUUUGUGUAUGUGCUAGCCAAGCAUCAGUUUAUUAAAAGAUUAACAAUCUGGUUAAAUUAGUGAA